GCAGGAGACACUGAGAGGGGAUACCCGGCCUGCGUGGGCUCCACGGUACCAGUAACGGCACCAGUAACGGCACCAGUAACGGUGACGUGAUGUGAUGCGAUGCCGCGCGGGAUCACGGUAACGUAAGCGCAGCAGCAGCGGCGGAGGAGGAGGAGGAAGAGGAGCAGGACGGACGGUCGAGGCUGAGCUGAGCAGGAUGCAGCACUGACGGUCCGAUCGGUACCGGGAGGAGAGGAACGCAUCCCACCGAGCGAGCACCGGAGCCCGCGGCUGGUACCGACCCGAUCUGAUGUGAGGCUGCGGGGAUGGACGGGUAGCAGGGAGGCGGAGCGGACCGACCGAGCGACGGCACAUAACGGAGGAGGAAGAGGAGGAGGAAGAGGAGGAUGAAUCCGGCUGAGGGAGGAGGAGAAGCGGGCCAGGACGGCCUGGCGACGGCAGGUUCUGGUAAAGCAGAGACUGUUCGGGCCGUGGAUGUCCUGACGGUGCUCAGAGAGAAAGUGGCCUUUGUAUCAGGUGGAAGAGACAAACGAGGCGGACCAAUUCUUACCUUUCCAGCAAGGACCAAUCACGAUCGAAUAAAACAGGAAGAUCUCAGCCGACUGGUCACCUACCUGUCAACAGUUCCCAGUGAGGACGUUCGAGCUCGUGGCUUUACCGUUGUGGUGGACAUGCGCGGCAGUAAGUGGGACAGCGUGAAGCCAGUGCUGAGGACACUACAGGAGUCGUUUUCCUCCAACAUCCACACAGCAUUGCUCAUCAAACCGGACACCUUCUGGCAGAAACACAAGACCAACCUGGGCAGCGCCAAGUUUAGCUUUGAGACCAGCCUGGUGUCGGUGGAAGGCCUCUCCCGGCUCAUCGAUCCCUCCCAGCUCACGGCGGACCUCGGUGGCUCUUUGGAGUACGAUCACGUGGAGUGGACUGAGCUUCGUCUGGGACUCGAAGAGUUCUCCGGAGCUGCAACGCAACUUCUGGCUCAGCUGGAACAGCUGGAGGCCGGCUUGAACCGCAUACCCGAGCCGAAAGACGUGGACGAGGCCCGCAAACUUCUAGAAGAACACAGUCGUCUCCGGAACACGAUCGCCACCGCACCAGUGGACGCCCUCGACAGAGAGGGGAAGAGCUUGCUUCAGCGAAUGCGCCUGGGCCCCUCACAUGGUGACGGCUCCACUGAGGGCGGGGGCGGAGGUGGAGGAGGCGGAGGCGGCAGUGGUGGCACCUGGCUGUCAGGGGGGGCCGACUUCCAGAGUGUAGCCCCAAAGGUUUCCUCUCUGCUGGACCGGCUGCAGGCAGGUCGCACCCACCUGCUCCAGAGCUGGAACGACAAAAAGCUGCACCUAGACCAGGGUCUCCAGCUGCACCUGUUUGAGCAAGAUGCCACCAAGAUGUCGGAGUGGAUCGCCCACAGCAAAGAGCUGUUCAUGCAGAGUGUGGCAGAAGUCGGUCAGAACCACCAACACGCUGUCGACCUGCAAACACAACACCAGCACUUCACCGCCAACUGCAUGAACGGGAGCGUAAACGUGGACAGCGUGGUUACCGUGGCAGCAAGACUCGCUGAGGCCGGCCACUAUGGAGCGGAGCGCAUCGCCCUCGUGUCGUCACGGUUACAGGAAGACUGGAAGGCCUUGACGACCGCCCUGGAGGAGCGCAGCAAUACGCUUGCCAUGGCAACUGGCUUCCACCAGGGGGCAGAGCAGUUCCUUCUGCGGGUGGAGGGUUGGGUUAAGACGUGCUCUGAUGGUCCUUUACCGACUGCAACAGCAGAGCUGGAAGCUGCGACUAAAAAGCACCAGGAGUUAAACGAGGAGAUUUCUGCCAACUACACGCAGGUCAGUGAAAGUGGAAAAGCCUUAAUGGACGUCCUCCAGCGUAACGGUAGCAGCGAGUCUGAAGAGUCGGCAGCCAAGCCAGACUUUGCUCCGGCCACGCACACCAUCAUGGGGGUUCUGCACCAGGUGAUGCAGGGUCACCAUGAUGUGGAAGGAGCCUGGCAGCACAGGAAGCUCCGCCUCCACCAGCGCCUGCAGCUCUGUGUGUUCCAGCAAGACGUUAAACAGGUGUUGGACUGGGUGGAGCAGCAUGGAGAGGUUUUCCUCAACAAACACACCGGGGUGGGGAAGUCCCUGCACCGGGCGCGGGCACUGCAGAAACGGCACGACGACUUCCAGCAAGUCGCUCAGAACACCUACACCAACGCAGAGAAGCUUCUGGAGGCGGCUGACCAGCUGGCCCAGGCAGGAGAGUGUGAGGAGGAGGAGAUCUACCAGGCGGCCAGAGACCUGGAGCUGCGAAUGCAGGCCUUCAUCCAGCGUGUGGAGCAGAGGAAGCUGCUGCUGGACCUCGCCGUGUCCUUCUACACUCACACUAAGGAGCUGUCGGUGUGGAUGGAGGGCCUCCAGAAGCAGCUGACCUCUGACCUCCUGGUGUGUCCAGACACGGUGGAGGCGCUGCAGGCUCUGAUCAGCCAGCAGCAGCAGCAGCAAGCCAACACACAGGAAGCUGCGAUGAGUGUCAUCCGGGAAGGAGAAGACCUCAUCCUGCAACUCAGGCCCCAGGGCAGCUCGGUGGCCCAUGUGGAGUCGGUGUUGCAGCAGUUGGAGGAGUCCCAUGCUCAGCUGGAGGAACUUUUCCACCAGAAGAAGAUCAGACUGGACAUUUUCCUGCAGUUCCGCAUACUGCAGCAGUGCACCCUGGAGGUAACUGGAGAAAUGGAUGCCUGGAAACAGGACCUCCAGAAGCAGUCCCAGGACUUUUCGUCUGAGAAGCUAACGUCUCCACGGCUAGCUGAUGCUAACCCGGAGCAACUAGCCCAGGACAAGCUAGCCCUGGGCCAGUCUCGCCUGGCAGAGGCCACACCUGAGGCGUUGACCUUGGCUCAACAGCGUAUCCACAGGCACAUGGAGCGAAGGCUGGCAAUGAACAAUAUGAUCUAUGAGGUGAUCCAGCAAGGUCAUGACCUUCAGCAGUACAUCACAGAGGUCCAGGCAUCAGGUAUGGAGCUGUCCGAGGCGGAGGGAGGCCUGACGGCGCAGGUGGAGGAGCUGCAGCGCCUCCUGCAGGACAAACAGAAGGAACUGCAGCAGAUCGCAGACCACACACACACAUACCUGGAGCAGAACCUGCAGCUCAGACACCUGCAGAGCCAGGUCAAACAGGUGCUGGGCUGGAUCUCUGAGGGGGAGAUGAAGCUGUCCUCCUGCAUGCUGAACUCCAGCUGUCUGUCUGAAGCCGAGCAGCUGCAGCGGGAGCAUGAGCGCCUCCAACAGACCAUCGAGGCUCUGCUGCAUGCAGACUCCCUGCAGAGAACCCACCAGGUGGCGCUGGCUCUGCAGCAGCGAGCCGAGCUGCUUGUCAGGUCAGGACAUUACGACCCGGACGCAGUGAGGGCCUGCGCCCAGACGGUGGCGCUGCACUGGCAGACGCUGAUGCUGAGGAUCGAAGACAGACUGAAGCUGGUCAACGCAUCCGCCGCUUUCUACCGGACGUCCCAGCAGGUGUGUGGCGUCCUGGAGAGUCUGGAGCAGGAGUACCGCAGGGAGGAGGACUGGUGUGCAGGAGGAGAGCGGCAGCCGGAGCAGCUGCUGCCGCUCAUCAGCAAACACAUGGAGCAGAAAGAGGCCUUCCUGAAGGCGUGUACGCUGGCCAGACGCAACGCUGAGGUCUUCCUCAAGUACAUCCAUCGAAACAGCGUCACCAUGGCCAACAUCUCUGGCCACAAUGUCACCGUCUCCGCGGUGAUGGGGGUCACUGAGGUCACCAGGCACUCCAGAGUGCCGGAGCAGCAAGUCAAAGGAAUCCUCAGCGAACUUCUCCAGAGAGAAAACAGAGUUCUUCAUUUCUGGACGCUGAAGAAACGCAGACUGGACCAGUGCCAGCAGUACCUGAUGUUCCAGAACCACGCCCAGCAGGCUCUUGAAUGGCUGCAGCAGUCAGGUGACCAUUACCUGGCCACGCACACGUCGCCGGGGGCAACGGCGGCCGAAACGCAGGAGCUGCUGAACCAGCACAGAGAGUUCUGCAUUUCUGCAAAGCACACACAGGAGAAGGUUCACCUACUGAUCCAGCUGGCUGAAAGCAUGCUGGCUAAAGGCCACGCCCACCGUGCCGAGCUGCGCCGCUGCGUUUCGGCGGUGGACAAGCGUUACCGCGACUUCUCGGUCAGGAUGGGUCAGUACCGCCACCUGCUGGAGGCCGCGCUGGGCAGCAGCUCUCAGGACAACAAGGACUUGGAGCUGGAGCUCAUCCCCAACAGCCUGUCGGACUCGGACCCUGAGGUCAACCUGUCUGACCCCAGUCACCAGGUCAGCGACGAGAAGAGGCGCUCCGCCCGCAAGAAGGAGUACAUCAUGGCCGAGCUCCUCCAGACUGAGAGAGUUUACGUCAGAGACCUGCAGGAGUGCAUCGAGACGUACCUGUGGGAGAUGACCAGCGGCUCGGAGGAAAUCCCACCUGGACUCACCAACAAGGACGACGUUGUGUUCGGAAACAUCCAGGACAUCUACGAGUUCCACAACAGUAUCUUCCUGAAGGAACUGGAGAACUACGAACAGCUCCCAGAAGACGUGGGGCACUGCUUCGUUACCUGGGCUGAUAAGUUCCACAUGUACGUGACGUACUGCAGGAACAAACCAGACUCCAGUUUACUGAUCCAGCAGCAUGGAGUCGGAUUCUUUGAGGAUGUCCAGAGGAGACAUGGCCUGGCCAACUCCAUCUCCUCGGCUCUGAUCAAACCAGUGCAGCGGAUCACCAAGUACCAGCUGCUGCUGAAGGAGUUGCUGGCCUGCUGUGAGGAGGGCAAAGGUGAGAUCAAAGAAGGCCUGGAUGUGAUGCUGAGUGUCCCAAAGAGAGCCAACGAUGCCAUGCAUGUCAGCAUGCUGGAAGGGCUGGAGGAAGGCCUGGAGGUGCAGGGCGAGCUCCUCCUGCAGGACACCUUCCUGGUCUGGGAGCCCAAAUCUCUGAUCCGGAAGGGCCGGGACCGGCACCUGUUCCUGUUUGAGCUGUCCCUCAUCUUCAGCAAGGAGAUCAAGGAUUCCUCUGGACGCACCAAGUAUCUGUACAAGAGCAGGCUGAGGACAUCAGAGCUGGGCGUCACAGAGCACAUCGAGGGGGAUCCAUGUAAGUUCGCCCUGUGGGUCGGACGAACACCGACGUCCGACAACAAGACCGUCCUGAAGGCGUCUUCCUUGGAGCUGAAGCAGGAGUGGGUUCGCAGCAUCCGACAGGUGAUCCAGGAGAGGCGGGGCCACCUGCGGGGGGCGCUGCGGGAGCCCAUCCCCCUGCCCAAAACCCCCAACCCGACCCUGGGCCGGCAGCGCAGCAUCACCCGCAGGGAAACGAGCGAAGACGCGGACAGCCUGGGCGACGCCAGCAGCCAGCCCGACACCGUCUCCAUCGCGUCCCGGACGUCGCAGAACACGGCCGACAGCGACAAGCUGUCUGGAGGCUGCGAGUUAGUGGUGGUGCUGCUGGACUUCACCAGCGGCGGCCCCGGGGAGCUGAGCGUCCGCUGCGGUCAGACGGUGGAGCUGGUGGAGCGCUCUGCAGACCGGCCCGGCUGGUGCCUGGCCAGAACCACGGAGCAGAACCCUCAGCAGGAGGGGCUGCUGCCCAUGAGCGCCCUCUGCCUGUCACACUCCCACAGUGCAGCCGACAUGGAGGGGCUCGUCCCGGCCUCCACCACCACCACCGCCUCCACCACCGCCACAACCACCUCCUCUGUCUGCAACUCCUCUUCCUCCUCCUCCACCACCAACACCACCACCUCCUCCUCCUCUGCUGGGAGCACUGGGAGGGAGUCCAGUCUGUGCAGUUCUGACGGUUCAGGUCUUCAGAUUCAAACCAACAACCAAAGCGUCACUUCCCCCACUGUGUUUGGCGUCAGUGGACCACCAGGGGGCACUGUGGGGUCUCCAGGUCCGAAACGCACCAGUUCUGGAACUGGAAACACUCUGAAGCGUUGGCUGACGAGUCCCGUCCGAAGACUGAGUCAAGGAAAAGCCGACGGACAGAAAAAACCCACAAUCAGAACCAGGAGGCGGGACAACAGGUCUGAUGUGGCCACGCCCUUUCCUGGGAACGCGCAGGCGAAGGCGAAGAAGGAGGAGGCGGGGCAAAGUGGAGGAGAGGAGGAGCCUGAAGAGGAAAGCCACACCCUUCUGCCACCGCCCAUGCAAAUCAUGAAAGACCCCAACAACCCGGAGGGUUUGGACUCGGAUCAGGGAUCCAAUGAAUCGGACACAGAGCAUCGAAAUAAAGCACUGAGGGGACGAAUGUUUGUAGUAAACGAGAUGAUCCAAUCAGAGAAGGACUACGUGAAGGACCUGGGUGUGAUCGUCGAGGGCUUCAUGUCCAGGCUGGAGGUCAGAGGGAUUCCCGAAGACAUGAGAGGCAAAGACAAGAUCGUCUUCGGAAACAUCCAGCAGAUCUACGACUGGCACCGCGACUUCUUCCUGGUGGAGUUGGAGCGCUGCGUCCAAAACCACGACCUGCUGGCCGACCUCUUCAUCAAACAUGAGCGCCGACUGCACAUGUACAUAGUUUACUGUCAGAACAAACCAAGGUCAGAGUUCAUCGUAAUAGAGUACGAGACUUUCUUUGAGGAGAUCCAGCAUGAAAUCAGCUGCAGGAUGUCCAUCAGUGAUUAUCUGAUCAAACCCGUCCAGAGAAUCACAAAGUACCAGCUGCUGCUAAAGGAUUUCCUGAAGUACACAACCAAAGCUGGUCUGGACUGUGAAGAGGUGGAGAAAGCAGUGGAGUUAAUGUCGCUGGUUCCUAAACGCUGCAACGACAUGAUGAACCUGGGACGCCUGCAGGGAUACGAGGGGAAGCUGACGUCUCAGGGGAAGCUGCUGCAGCAGGAAACCUUCUGUGUUUGGGAGCAGGACGGCGGCGUUUUGUCCCGCAGCAAAGAGCGACGAGUCUUCCUGUUCGAGCACAUCGUCAUCUUCAGCGAACUGCUGAGAAAAGGCUCCAACAACCCCGGGUACCAGUUCAAAAACAGCAUCAAGGUGAUCUACCUGGCCAUGCAGGAGAGCGUAGACGGAGACCCCUGUAAGUUCGUCUUGUGGUCCCGUGGGUCAGCGGAGCGUUUCACGCUGCAGGCCUCCUCCGCCAGCAUCAAGAUGACCUGGGUGGAGACCAUCGCCACCCUGCUGGACGCCCAGAACAACUUCCUGUCAGCUCUCCAGUCGCCUAUCGAGUACCAGAGAAAAGAGGCCGGGAUUUCCGUGACCCGGCCGCUGUCGUCAGGGCGACCGCCCUCGACCCCGCCCACCCCCAACGGCCACGCCUCUCAGGCUACUCCGGACAGCGAGCAAGACGACCAGGAGCUGGUUCUGGUGGUGCAGGACUUCCUGGCGGUUCGGGAAGAUGAGAUCACAGUGUACCGAGGAGAGAAGGUCCAGAUCCUGUCGUCCAAUCAGCAGGGUCAGAGCCUGGUGUACCGGCCGGCCAACACAGAAUCGCCCGCUGCCGAGGGAUGGGUGCCACGGAGCGUGCUCAACACACCCUGAUACACACACACACACUGACUGAGGUCAGAUCGGGUUUACGCUUAACACACACACACACAUAAACACGCACACACACCUGCCCCCUGCAGGCCAACAGGAUGAACAGCACCGAGGGAAAUCCAGAGAGAAACUGAAGAAUGAUGAUGAUGAUCAGCUGCUGACCACAAAGUCUGAUUGGAUCAGAACAAAAAUCAAUAAAGCCAUCAGAAAUCAAUACAGUUAUCAGCUGAGUUAUGUUCACAUGUACCUUAGUUACGACUUUAUUUGGAUUAAUGUAAUUUUGAAGGAUUAAUUUCUGCUUUUUCUUCAAUUUGGACUUUAUUUACUGAACUUUCUUUCACCGAUAUUAAUAUUAAAUUCCAACCAAUAUUUUACCAAAUUAAGAAAAAACUAAAUUAAUUCUGAAAUGUUUUACUUAGAGGAAAAAUCAGUUUCAUUAACUUAUUUAAUCUUUAUUCCGUUUUAGAUGAUAUCCAAUCUGGAUUAAACCAAUUUAAACUAAUAAUCCGGUUUUUAAGCGUCUAAUUGGACUUUAUCACCAUAAAUCAAAGAGAAAUUAAUUUCCAUAAUUAAGUAUUAAAUCUUUACUGGUACAGAGUUGACAUCAUCGUCCUUCAGGCUCCUGGUGACAGUUCACACACACACACACACCCACCCACACACACACACGCACACACACUCCCAGCAGCGGCUAAUGCCAGCCUCUCUCCUGGUGCUUCAUCUCAUCCAAUCAGAUGCUGCCGUCAACCUGGCAGCAGCCAAUCACACUCCCUCAAACUGUUUACUGCGGGUCGGCGGGAGGAAGGCCUCACCCGGCUGGGCGGGGCUACAGGAAGCUGCCGUUGCCUGGCAACCAGAGACAGUAUUAAAGAAAAAAUAAAACCCUCUAGAAGAAGGAGGCGUGAAGACCCGUCAGCCAAUCAGAACUGAGCUGUCUGUGUGUCGUCACAUUUAUAGUGUGUAUAAAGACUGAGGACACAUACACACACACACACACACACACACACACACCCUGCUACAAUGAAGAUCACAAACAUGAUAAUUAUGAGAUUUAGAUUCAGAUUUUCUCCUCCGUCCAGAGGAAACGAGAGAAACUGUUAUUAAUAUCAGUGUGUGUGUGUGAGAGUGUGUGUGCUUGUGACGCCGUCCUCUACGAGUGUGUGUGUGAGAGAAAAAAAAGAGAGAGAGUGUGUGUGUGUUUUUCCACAGAAAGUCGCGGUGUCCCGCUGUAGCGUAGCCAUGACGACUCGUGUUUACGGUGACGCCAUUUUUACUUCGAUUACUUUUGAUUUUGGAGGGGUGUUUUGUUUUAGUGGACAGCCUGCAGUGACGGUUGCCUCGACAACGGCCCGUUUGGAUAUUCUGAUUAUGCAUCGCUCGUUUCUGUAAAUAGACCAGAAGUCCAGAAAAGCAACUCCACACGCCGUGGACGUCGUCCGUCUCUCAUCCUCAACAACCCUACACACACACACGCCUGUCUGUCCCCGUCCUCCUGUCUGUCCCCGUCCUCCUGUCUGUCCCCGUCCGCCUGUCUGUCCCUGUCCCUCAACCCGUCCCCAUCUCUGGGUUUCUCUGGUGCCAUUCUCAGACAACACCCCGGUCCUUAAGGAGCUCUGCAGGUCGCUUGGCAUGAAACACAGUGCACAGUCCCAGGUUUAAGGUGGAACCCCCCAUUGUGAAGGGUUUAAGGUAGAAUGCUUGGUUGUUUCCAGUCUAUUUUAAUCCGGCUCCUGUCUCUCGUCUCAUUGGUUCCUCUGCAGUUACAGAUUAUUACACCAAAAACUUACAGGAUACUAAAUUUUUGACUAAAAUGACUUACUGAUUUAUUCAGGCUCUUCAAUCAGCAGAUUGGUGCUACAUGCUAUUCUAGUCACUCGACAUGUCAGUCCUAGUUGCUACAUGUUAGCAUUAAGAGGCUAUUUUAUGCUAGCAUAAGUUACACUGCUAGGCUAGCUCCUUUUAGCACAACUAAACAGCGUCUUUUCCACACUUUGAAGCAGAAAUGAACCCAGUGAGUCAAAAGAAGCAGCUUCCGUGUUAGCGGAUUUAGCUUGUGCAUCAAAUUUACAUCCCUACCAGAAACACGCUAGUAAAAAGGUUCCGCUUUAGAACUUUGUGUAAAAAAUUUAAAAUGUAAUUAAUAGCAUUAACUUUUUAAUGCGUUAAAGUCCCAUCCCCAACUAUAACGCAUCAGGAUUCUCCUGGAACAAACAGCAAGUUCCUUCCCUCAAAUCUGCAGGUUUCUUUUCUUCAACGUUUGUUCACAGAAAUCACAGAUUGACUUUUAUAACUUCCACUUCUGGAACUUACAUUGUUGGUUUAAACACUUACAGAUCAGUAGAAAGUUAAAAGUGCUUGGUCAUCGUUUUAAAGCAGUUGGGUAACCGUUCAGUAUAUUUCAAUAAUGAAACCUCAAAGUUACAUUUGAGGAAAGUAACGUCUAAUUUCACAGUAGCCUCUAAAUCUUGGAAAAGAAUAAACUGCUGCUGAGCAUUUUAUUAAACGGCAAUGGUAUGAAGUUGUAGUUUAUAUUCAGUGUUGAGGUGGUUCUGUUUGAUCCAUCAGAGGAUCUGAAGGGAGAAGGUGACCUUGCUUCAAGGGCGUUCAGACAGAGUUAAAAUAGACUUGAAAAAGACUGACGUCUCGCCACGACCAGCUCCAGGCUGCAGUUUAUCACAUUCCAGCGGCUGCAACACCACCACGACUUUUAUGCAACAGAAAAACUGUCAAAUAAACCAACGAUGGAUCGCACCGAUAAUCUACGACUUUAUCAUGACACAGGAAACAUGAGAUCAGAACAACAACUCUUCUUUACGACGUCCUUUCAAAGACUUUAGUUUAAAUGUAAAAAUUAACGACUAGGAACCAAGAUUUUCAGUGACUGGUUGAUGCUGUCAUGUGUGAUGCACCUCAAUGUGAUUCAAUGCUGAGUUCAAGUUCUGUAGGAGCUGUCGUAAUGAUCAUUUUCACUUAAAAACAUGUAGCUGGAGCUAAAAAAACAAAAAACAAUCCAAUCAGACAGUAAGCAAACAAACCCUAAACAUUUCUGAUCCCACACAACCUGAACUCUGGUUUUAACGAGGAACUGAAACUAACAGACGCCUCUUUGUUGCCUGUUCUGAAAUAGAGAAUGAUUUUGUGUUUUUAUGUCGGUGUCAAGACUGUUGAUGCAAAAAUAUUAAAACAAUAAGAGCCCAAACCAGAAAAACACUUUCCUUACAGCAGCUGAACUCGGAGUGCAUGAAGGGCCGAGGGCCCCCGAGAGAACCUGGCAACCCAACUUCUACUAAUCUAACCAAACUGGUGUCAAAUGUCUGUGCAGCAAAAAUAUUAAAAUAGAAAUAAAUGUUUCCAGAGGUCAUGAAAGGUCAACCAGCCCUUGCAGUUUCUUCAAAUCUAACUAAACUGGUGUCAAAUGUCUAUGCAGCAAAAGUUUUUGUUUGUGCUGCUUUUGCAAUCAAAUGUUGCUGCUGCACAAAUGUAGCCGAAUAGAUCAACACCAAAUUUGUGUGACUUGGUUGACCUGUGACCUCUGACAAUCUCUGGAAACUUUUUGAUUUAUAUCUUUAAAAUGACAGCGGCACAAAUAAAAAUUUUAACUGCACUAAUUUUUGACAGAAGUCAAAGGUCAACCACCUCCUGCUCACAUUUACAAAAUCAACUCGGCUACAUUUAUGCUGCAAAAAUAUUAAUUUGUGCCGCUUUUGCUUUGAAGUCAUUGAUGACAACUUUUGUAAACUCUUAGUAAUAUCUUUAAAUGCAGGUGACACAAACGUUUGACAGGAGUUUCGUCAGAUUUGAAGGAGCGCUGGCGGUCAGCGUGGCUCGAUGGCGGCUGCAGCAGCUGCUGCAGCAGUGGCUGCAGCGUUCUGAGGAGAGCUGGUGCACUAUGAAGAGUUGAGAUGGAAACUGGUUCAGGACUGGACCAAGGGCUCUCCAGACGGCUCCAUUAAACAUUGCACAAUAUUAACGGUGAAGGAGAAAUGCUGCGCUAAGACAGAAGGGAGCGUGCUCUGAACAGCGACUGGUGGAAGGUAGCACAUUAUGAAAGGUUAAAGGUCAAAGGCCUUUAGUUUAGGGUGAGAGGUGAAACUGGGAAGCGGCGCACCGGAGGGCGAAGGGUGAUGUUUGAGACCUCGCCUUGUUGCCGCCUGGCAAACUCAACUAACCAAUCAAACAGUGUUAUUUGUACAGAACUAACAGCUGCUAACUGACUGCUAACAGCUCUCUGUUGUUGUUUGUAAUAAACUUCAUUUUUCAUCCAAA